GGUGGUUGGUGAGUGAGAAGCGCAUCCUUCCUUCAACGAUUUCAAACCUUUGCUUCAAUUCUCAUUAAAGUCAUCAGCAAAAACGCUCCAAUUCUUGCCCAUUUUGGUUCAAUCAACCUGCUUCAUGCUGUUUUUCUCUUCCAUUAUUCUGAUUUUUGUUUGAUUUUGUGUUCUGUGAUCCUCGGUUUAUAUCGCUUUGUGAUCAGGAGUAGCGGUGAAAUUAAGCUCGAUUGCUUUUCUGAGUAAUUCUACUUCAAGGUUUAGAAAUGGGUUCGGGUUCGGGUCAAUGGUCUGUUGAAAAUAGAGCUCCAGUUAGGAAUGAUUCAGUUGUGAGUGAGUAUGUGCCGGAAACUGGUUGUCUUUCGAUUAUUGUUCUUGGGGCUUCUGGUGAUCUUGCGAAGAAGAAAACAUUUCCUGCACUCUUUCAUCUCUACCGUCAGGGAUUUAUUCAAUCACAGGAUGUUCAUAUUUUCGGUUAUGCCCGAACCAAGAUUUCAGAUGAUGAUCUGAGAGCUCGCAUUUCUGGAUAUCUUACACCAUGCAAAGGUUGUGAGAGAACACACGAUGAAGACGUAACCCAGUUUCUGCAAUUGAUCAAAUACGUAUCUGGUGCUUAUGAUACCGAGGAGGGAUUUCGAUCAUUGGACAAGGCGAUAUCCGAGUACGAACUGUCGAAAAACAGUACAGAAGGAUCAUCGAGGAGACUCUUCUACCUCGCUCUUCCACCAUCUGUAUAUCCAUCUGUCUGCAAAAUGAUAAAGAGUUAUUGCAUGAAUAAAUCUGAUCUUGGUGGUUGGACUCGAAUUGUUGUGGAGAAGCCUUUUGGUAGGGACUUGGAUUCUGCUGAAGAACUCAGUGCUCAGAUCGGAGAGCUGUUUGAUGAACCACAGAUCUAUCGUAUUGAUCAUUAUUUGGGGAAAGAGUUGGUGCAGAACUUGAUGGUUCUUCGUUUUGCAAAUCGCUUCUUCUUGCCACUAUGGAACCGUGACAACAUUUCUAACAUACAGAUUGUGUUUAGAGAGGAUUUUGGAACCGAUGGUCGUGGUGGAUAUUUCGAUCAAUACGGAAUUAUCAGAGACAUCAUUCAGAAUCAUCUAUUACAGGUGCUUUGCCUAGUUGCUAUGGAGAAGCCCGUUUCUUUGAAGCCUGAGCAUGUUCGAGAUGAGAAAGUGAAGGUUCUUCAAUCUGUUCUUCCAAUUGAAGACAGUGAAGUUGUGCUUGGACAAUAUGAAGGCUAUACCGACGAUCCAACAGUUCCUGACAACUCUAAUACACCCACCUUCGCAACUAUGGUUCUCAGGAUUCACAAUGAAAGAUGGGAAGGUGUUCCCUUUAUAAUGAAGGCAGGGAAGGCAUUGAAUUCAAGAAAGGCGGAAAUUCGGGUGCAAUUCAAGGAUGUUCCCGGUGAUAUAUACAAAUGUAAAAAGCAAGGAAGAAAUGAGUUUGUGAUUAGACUGCAACCUUCAGAGGCCAUGUACAUGAAGCUAACAGUCAAGCAACCUGGGCUUGAGAUGACAACGGUUCAGAGCGAAUUAGACUUGUCGUAUGGGCAACGGUAUCAAGAAACCAUCAUUCCCGAAGCUUACGAACGUUUGAUUCUUGACACAAUACGGGGCGAUCAACAACAUUUCGUUCGUAGAGAUGAACUGAAGGCGGCUUGGCAGAUUUUCACACCUCUCUUGCACAAAAUCGAUAGAGGUGAAGUCAAAUCACUUCCAUACAAACCUGGCAGCCGAGGCCCGACACAGGCCGAUCAGUUGGCUGAAAAAGCCGGUUACGUUCAAACUCAUGGCUACAUAUGGAUUCCUCCAACUUUGUAGAAGUCGAUGGUCCGAUAGGAACGUUGGUGUGUCAAAUAAGAACGUUAUAACGUUCAUUAUAUUGUACGCAUAAACUCUAGAUACCGGAUGGGCUUGUAGUUUUUAUACCCGUCGACUAUGGGGUGCGAUAAACUCGUAUUUUGAUGCUAAUAAGCUGUUCGAUGUGAGUUGAAAAUGUAACGUUUAAUUUGAUAUGUAAUUUCGAGUAUUUUUGUAUGAAUUUUGGAUUUAUAAAAAUAUUAGUUUGAUUUUGAU